AACGUUUGCGCGUGGACGACGAACAACAUGUCCGGCAGAGGCAAAGGCGGGAAGGGGCUCGGCAAAGGCGGCGCCAAGCGCCACCGCAAGGUGCUGCGCGACAACAUCCAGGGCAUCACCAAGCCGGCCAUCCGCCGCCUGGCUCGGCGCGGCGGCGUCAAGCGCAUCUCGGGGCUCAUCUACGAGGAGACGCGCGGCGUGCUGAAGGUCUUCCUGGAGAACGUCAUCCGCGACGCCGUCACCUACACCGAGCACGCCAAGAGGAAGACGGUGACGGCCAUGGACGUGGUCUACGCCCUCAAGCGCCAGGGACGCACCCUCUACGGCUUCGGCGGCUAAACUCCAGUCACUAAAAUUACAUCAAUAAAACCACUAAGGCUCUUUUCAGAGCCACCCACAAA